UUUAAAGUGAAAGUAAAAGUGUUUCUCAGACGUUGAAAAAUCUAAACAGAUUUUAAAAUUUCACACAAGGACUAUUGAUUAAAGUAGGAUUCAUUCCAGCAGAAAAGAACAUCUUCUUCACAGAAUCUUCAAGACUCAGUGGUGUGUUUGUCCAUUGUUAACCAAUGUUUAAAGAUGGAAGAAAUCAUGUAUCCACAAACUCUGAAAAUGGUCAUCUCCAAGGAGAGAGAUCAGAAUCACCAGCACCCAGUUGUAUCUCCAUGAAGAGUAACCAGUCUAAGGGUGAGCCUCUGAAGUUUAAAGAUGGAAACCACUCACUUCUACACAGUAACACUCAGGGAAGAAGAACCAAAUCAACAGCACCCAGCUGUAUCUCCAUGAAGAGUGAUCAGUCUAAGGGUGAGCCUCUGAAGUUUGAAGAUGGAAACGUCUCACUUCUGCACAGGCAAGACCCAGAACCUGUUGCUAGCUAUACAUUUCAAAAGACAUUUAAAUUAAAUCUGAUAAAGAAGUUUCAGUGGUUGAAUGAAGUAAUAAUAAAUCAGGGAAAUCAAACCCUCCUGAAUGAGAUCUACACAGAGCUCUACAUCACAGAGGGACACAGUGGAGACAUCAAUAAAGAACAUGAGGUGAGAAAGAUCGAGGGAGCAUCCAGAAGAAUAACAACAGAGGAAACACCAAUUAAAUACAAUGACAUCUUUAAGCCCUUAUCUGAAGAAGACGAACCCAUCAGAGCCGUGCUGAUGAAGGGAAUCGCUGGCAUCGGAAAAACAGUCUCUGUGCAGAAGUUCAUUCUGGACUGGGCUGAAGGGAAAGAAAAUCAGGACAUUCACCUCAUAUUUCCACUUCCUUUCAGAGAACUGAAUUUGAUGAAGAACCAAAAACUGAGUCUGAUGAAGCUCCUUCAUGUCUUUUUUAAGGAAACAAAAGAAAUAAAAAUGUCCAAUUUGGAAAAGGUUCUGUUUAUUUUUGAUGGAUUGGACGAGUGUCGUUUUCCUCUAGAUUUCCAGAACACAGUGAGAGUGUGUGAUGUAAAUGAAUCAGCAUCAGUGCCUGAGCUGCUGAUAAACCUGAUUAAAGGGAAUCUGCUUCCCUCUGCUCUCAUCUGGAUCACCUCCAGACCAGCAGCAGCUGAUCAAAUCCCCUCUGAAUGUGUUCAUCGAGUCACAGAGAUACGGGGGUUUAAUGACCCACAGAAAAAGGAGUAUUUCAGGAAGAGAAUCAGUGAUCAGAUCCUGGCCAAUAACAUCAUCACACAUCUGAAGGCAUUAAGAAGCCUUUACAUCAUGUGCCACAUCCCAGUCUUCUGCUGGAUUUCAGCCACUGUUCUAGAGAGAAUGUUGGGUGAAGCAGAGAGUGGAGAAAUCCCCAAGACUCUGACUCAAAUGUACACACACUUCCUCAUCAUUCAGACCAAAAUUUUAAGAGAAAAGUUCCCAAAGAAGCAGGAGAGUGAUGAAGAAAUGCUUCUUAAACUGGGAAAACUGGCUUUUCAGCAGCUGAUGAAAGGAAACCUGAUCUUCUAUAAGGAAGACCUGAGAGUGUGUGGCAUUGAUGUGAAAGAAGCAGCAGUGUACUCAGGUGUGUGUACAAACAUCUUCAGAGAGGAGUUUGGCCUUCAUCAGAGUAAAGUGUACUGCUUUGUUCAUCUAAGUGUUCAGGAACAUCUCGCAGCUCUGUAUGUGCACCUGAUGUUCAUAAAGAAAAAGAGAAAUGUUGUAAAAAAAUUGAGACUUUUAACCGUGUGGUUGAAAGAAAAUACAAUUUCACAUGUACACAAAAGUGCUGUUGAUAAGGCCUUAAAAUGUCAGACUGGGAAUUUGGAUAUUUUCCUUCGCUUUCUUCUGGGUUUCUCACUGCAGUCCAAUCACAAUCUGUUACACGCCUUAGUAACACAGACAGGAAGUUGCUCCCGAAAUAUUGAAAAAACAGUUCGAUACAUUAAGCAAAAGAUCAGUGAAGAUCUUCCUGCAAAGAAAUCCAUCAAUCUGUUCCACUGUCUAAAUGAACUGGGUGAUUAUUCUCUAGUGGAAGAAAUCCAACGCUACCUGAAAUCUGGGACACAAAGUGAACUCUCUUCCACACAGUGGUCUGCUCUGGUGUUUAUGUUAUUGACAUCACCACAUGAGCUGGAAGAAUUUGACCAGAGUAAAUAUGUCAGUACAGACAUGAUCACAGAAUCUCUACUUAUUAAGCUGAUGCCUGUGAUUGCAGCAUCCAGAAAAGCAAUUAUCAGGUGUGAUACAAUCAGAGCGAGAUGUUUGGCAGCUCUGUUCUCAGCUCUCCGCUCGGAAACCUCCGAUUUCAGAGAACUGCAUCUGACAGCGAAUACAAUGGAUAUGACUGGGAAUAAACUAAACUCGGAUAUAAAGUGUCUCUCCACUCUACUUAAGAAUCCUCAUUGUAAAGUCAAAAUAUUGAGGUUGUGUAAUUGUGGUGUUUCAGAUGAAGACUGUGCUGCUCUGACUUUAGCACUAAGAUCAAACCCCUCACAUCUGAGAGAACUGGAUCUGUCCUUUAAUAAUAUCAGAGACACAGGAGUGAAGUGUCUCUCUGCUGUACUGGGGAAUCCUCGAUGUAAAUUGGAGACACUGAGUUUGAGUAAGUGUGGGGUCACAGAUGAAGGUUGUGCCACUCUUACUUCAGCUCUAAAAUCAAACCCCUCCCACCUAAGAGAACUAGGUCUGUCUCAAAAUAAUGUAGGGGACUCAGGAGUGAACCAUCUCUCUAGUGUAAUGGAAAAUCCUUACUUUAAACUGGAAACACUAAGGUUGCGUAAUUGUGGUGUCUCAGAUAAAAGCUGUGCUUCUCUGUGGUCAAACCCUGCAUACCUCAGAGUACUGGACCUGUCUUGGAAUAAUGUAGGAGACUCCGGACUGAGGUGUCUCUCUGCUGUACUGGGGAAUCCACAAUGUAAACUGGAGACACUGUGGUUGAGUAAUUGUGGUGUCUCAGAUGAAGGCUGUGCUGCUCUGGCUUCAGCUCUAAAAUCAAACCCCUCACACCUUAGAGAACUGGAUCUGUCCUCUAAUAAUGUAGAAGACUGGGGAAAGAGGUUGCUUUCUGAUUUUAAGAAUGAUAAACAUUACAAACUACAGGAACUGAGGUUCGAUGGCAGGUGAACAUCUGUGUGUUUGUGUAUGUUAUUAGACUGUUAGGGAAUUGAGAACAAAUUUAUAGACAACAGUUUUGUUUAUAUGUAAGCAUUAUGUUUGGGUAAGAUUACAUCUAUUUGUUCUUUUUUCUCUAUCAUAGAAAAAGAAAAAAAAGGAAUCCAAUUAAGUUGUUGUUUGUAUAUAUUUUUUGUUGAUGAAUCUAAAAUGCACUUACAAUACUGCCUUAUUGUGUCUUCUGACAAAAAGAAACAUUUUCCACUGUUGCUACAUAUUCGAAUUUCUUGUAAAAUACAUUUAUGAAAUAUUCUUAUAUGCAGUUACACACAAAUUGUAACAUAUGUCCGACAUUAAAAAUGUACAUAUGAAAUGUAUUGUUUUCUAUGCAGAUAUUAUUAUU